AUGCAUGCCCUGACCAUCCAAGCCAACUACGAGCUGCGCAUUGACCUGCAGGACUUUGAGAACAGCACAGCCUUCGCCCAGUAUGGAGUCUUUGGAGUGGGACUGUUCUCCGUUGACCCGGAUGAGGAUGGAUACCAGCUGACUAUUGCUGAUUACUCAGGCACUGCAGGUACUGCAAUACCCGACUGUACUGUAGCCUUUUAGUGUGGCUCGUACCCAUUUGUUUCAUAGACUUUAUAAAUGCCCCUUAAAGCAUUUAUAAAUUGUAGUUCGUCUAAAGGGGGAACCUUCUGUAAAACAAUCCUAUUGGUCCUACUGAUCUUCCUAUUGGUCAAUGCCCCCAUCUCAGGGAAGAAAUACAAUUUCCAAACAUCAGGAAAAUCAAAUUCAGACAUCUGUCCACCAGUACGAGAGUCUUUCUCUGGCUGUUGUUUGUUCUACAUCAGCUGUAGAUUAUGAACAGCAGCAUCCAGGCAGAGUGUGUGUGUGUGUGUGUGUGUGUGUGUGUGUGUGUGUGUGUGUGUGUGUGAUUCUCCACGGUUCAGCUCUUCUGUCGCGGGGGGCUCUUUUGGACAUUAAUUAGGUCCAUCCACUCCGUUAGUCCCAGGUUCCCCCCUCCUCAGAAUCGUGACCUUCCGGGGCUGCUGGAAAGGGCAGGGAUAAUGAAGCUGUAGGAUGCCUCCGUGGCCACGGCAAAUAAAGCAGGCCAUUAGGUUAUUACAGCCUGACAUAAACAAACUGUCUGAUUAUCAUAAAGCAGGAGGAGAAUACCGCUUCCACUCGCGUUUAAUUAGUGAGGUUGUCUUUAAACGUAUGCUGCCAGGGAGUCAUGCAACAUUGAUUCCCAAUCUUAUUAAUUAAUGUUGAUUUUUCAUCCUCUCUUGUUUUCGUUCAGAUGAAUUGAGGCUCUAGUAUUAAAAAAAUAAGACGUUUGUUUAAAGGCCCAGUGCAGUCAAAAUCGUGAGUAUACAAAACAUGAAUGACACCUGCUCUUUCCAUGACAUAGACUGACCAGGUGAAUACAGGUGAACGCUAUGAUCCCUUAUUGAUGUCACUUGUUAAAUCCAAUUAAAUCAGCAUAGAUGAGGGGGAGGAUAAAUAUUAAAGGAUUUUUAAGCCUUGAGACAAUUGAGACAUGGAUUGUGUAUGUGUGCCAUUCCGAGGGUGAAUGGGCAAGACACAACAUUUAACUGCCUUUGAACGGGUAUGUGCCAGGCGUACCGGUUUGUGGCAAGAACUGCAACGCUGCUGUUUUUUUCAUGCACAACAGUUUCCCAUGUGUAUCAAGAAUGUUCCACCACCCAAAGGACAUCCAGCCAGUUGACACAACUGUGGGAAGCAUUGGAGUCAACAUGGACCAGCAUCCGUGUGGAACGCUUUCGACACCUUAUAGAGUCCAUGCCCCUACAAAUGCGCAACUCAAUAUUAGGAAGGUGUCCUUAAUGUUUGUACACUCAGUUUAUAUUUCCACCCUAUGAGCUUGGAAUAGUACUAUGACAUUUUGAAAAUUGUGAUAAUACCCUUUUAGUGUAAGAGCUGUUUGAAAAUACUUCCUGAAAUGUCAGCCUUUUUUUGUUGGGAUGGAGUUUUGGCCUGUUAGUUAAUAUACCAAUAAGAAAGAGAAUUCCAAACCUCUCAGCCAAUAAUAACUAGUUUUCCCCUCCCCACUCAGACCCCUCCCAGACAGUUCUAGCAAAGUUCUUGCUUGAGAAAUUGCUCUUCGCUAAGAAGCUACACUACAUUACCAAAAGUAUGUGGACACCUGCUCGUCAAACAUCUCAUUCCAAAAUCAUGGGCGUUAAUAUGGAGUUGGUCCUCCCCUUUGCUGCUAUAACAGCCUCCACUCUUCUGGGAAGGCUUUUCACUAGAUGUUGGAACAUUACUGCAGGGACUUGCUUGCAUUCAGCCACAAGAGCAUUUAAUGAGGUCGGGCACUGAUGUUGGCCGAUUAGGCCUGACUCGCAGUCGGCGUUCCAAUUCAUCCCAAAGGUGUUCGAUGGGGUUAAGGUCAGGGCUCUGUGCAGGCCAAUCAAGUUCUUCCACACCGAUCUCAACAAAACCUUUUUGUACGGACCUCGCUUUGUGCAUGGGGGCAUUGUCAUGCUGAAACAGGAAAGGGCCUUCCCCAAACUGUUGCCACAAAGUUGGAAGCACAGAAUAGUCUAUAAUGUCAUUGUAUGCUGUAGCGUUAAGAUUUCCCUUCACUGGAACUAAGGAGCCUAGCCCGAACCAUGAAAAACAACCCCAGACUAUUAUUCCUCCUCCACCAAACUUUACAGUUGGCACUAUGCAUUCAGGCAGGUAGCGUUCACCUGGCAUCCGCCAAAACCAGAUUUGUGUGUCGGACUGCCAGAUGGUGAAGUGUGAUUCAUCACUCCAGAGAACACGUUUCCGCUGCUCCAGAGUCCAAUGAUGGCAAGCUUUACACCACUCCAGCCGACGCUUGGCAUUGCGCAUUGUGAUCUUAGGCUUGUGUGCGGCUGCUCAGCCACGGAAACCCAUUUCAUGAAGCUCCCGACUAACAGUUAUUGUGCUGACGUUGCUUCCAGAGGCAGUUUGGAACUCGGUAAUGAAGAUUUUUACGCGCUACGCGCUUCAGCACUCAGUAGUCCCGUUCUGUGAGCUUGUGUGGCCUACCACUUCGCGGCUGAGCCGUUGUUUCUCCUAGAUGUUUUCACUUCAGAAUUUGACCGGGGCAGCUCUAGCAUGGCAGAAAUUUGACGAACUGAAUUGUUGGAAAGGUGGCAUCCUAUGACGGUGCCGCGUUGAAAGUCACUGAGCUCUUCAGUAAGGCCAUUCUACUGCCAAUGUUUGUCUAUAUUAGCCGAAUCCACUUAUUUGAAGGGGUGUCCACAGACCUUUGUAAAUAUAGUGUAUUUAUUUUCUUAUUUUUUACCAUUUUAAUUGAAAACAAUCACAGUAAGGUACUUAAUUGUUACCCAGAAAUGAUUUGAUAUUGAGAUAGAAACGGCAGCAUUGGACCAUUAAUAAAAGUUGACGCUGCAGCAGCACUGUUUUGACUUCAGCACAGUCCUGAGUUUGCUUUCAAUACCUGGAUUUAAAUUAUUUGUUCUUCAUAUAGUUGGUUUCAAUUAAGUGACAUUUGGGAGGAACAGUAUGAGAUUUGACUGUCAAAACCAAUGACAAAGGAUAUGUUCACAUAUUGACUAAGACAGUACUUGUAAUUAUUUUUACCCGUUUGUUCUCCUUCUGUUCACACAGAAAACUGUCGCUGCCCUUUGUUCUUUGAUAAUUAGUUUUCAAUCCCAUUAAAGAUUAUUUAACCAUUACCCUCAACAACAAACAUGUUGGUUAUAUCCUACAGAAUUGUUAAUCAUAUAUAAACAUGAAAUGAGCACUUUACCGACAGAGAAAUAGGGUGAACGUGCAGUUACCUGUGAUGAUGAGGCGCACUAGCUUUUCACUGCCUGGGUGUCCUAGUCAUGGUAAACACCUUAAGUGAUUACUCUCAGAACUUGAAAGAAACUCUUUAAUGACAGUUUGUUACCUAACCAUAGUGUUUUAACCGUAUCAUUACUAGGGCCACAGGAGUGUUGAAUAUGUUUGGUACAAUGCUUGUAGAGGAGCUCAUAAUUUCCCUCUGAUGUUUUUAAUGUAUUCACUAUGAAUAUGAAUAUGAAUUCUGGUGCAUGUUUAAAUACUUUCACUGCUCUCGUUGUAGGUUUCUCCCAGGAUAUUUGAUUAAAAUGUGUCCAAUGUUACAUUAAAUUGCAUUACAAUUGUUAUAAUGGUACAGUAGGCAUCCAUUUAAACGGCGUCUUAAGGAGUUUGAGGUUUAAUCAUCAAUGCAGUGUGUCAUUAUCAUAUCCUGCCACUAUGUUUACAAUAAUUCUAUAUUUAAAAGGUUGCCAACCUUUUUAUUGGUAAUCCAUGAGCGUGUUGAAGCAGUUAAAGUCAGCAUAGAAUAGAUGUACAAUAGUUGGGCCUACAAUACUCUGGGGUACUUUUUCCAUAGGAAGAGAGGCAGACUGAUAUAGUUCUACACUGCCCUAAUAAACUGACACUGCCCUUUGUGUACUGCAUGAUUUUACUAUUAUCAUCACCAUACUCUUUCAUCACCUUCAAGAACAAAACAAAUCAUGUGGUCUGUAAUAACCCCAUGUCAUUUUUUGAGUUAAACUGAAAGUUCAAAAAUGUCCAGCACCAACCCAACAUGAACAUAUGUGAAAAUGGUGCGUUUCUAUGUUUUCUUGUAAAAAAGAUAGAGGAAGAUAAGUGUUUCCAAUGACACCAUCAACCAAUUAGUAGACAUUUAGUAGGCAAUUAGUAGGCAAUGCCUACUCAUAAUUGGUUAAAAUCACAUGAUGCACACCGAUGAUGUCAUUGGAAACACUUUUCUUCCUCUAUCUUUUUUACAAAAAAAACAUAGGAAAGCACCAUUUUCACAUACUUUGUGUAGAUGUUGGGGUGGUGCUGGAGAUUAUGACUAUGACGUAGAACAUUUCUUAAAUGUCCCUUUAACCCAGUGUCCUGGCUAAAUUCCCGAUCUAACCACUCAAACUACAGUGGAUAUCAAUACAAAUAAAUUGAAUUAGUGCUAUGUGGGCAAUAAGCAGCUGUCGCUAAGAGCUGCCUGGUCCAGCCACAGCAGAAUUAGCACCUCCAGAGUAGAGCUUUGUGCUGCACAGAGGGGAUUUGAUUAAACGCGCCACUGGCUACUACAUUACAUCCCUGAGACAUACAUCAUACGGUUUAAUAAGGCCACCACCACAGCCUACAGCCUCUCCACCAUUCUUCCUCUGAUCUGCACACACACACAGAGACAUAUGCAAGCAUGCACACACACAAACACCACCCACACAUAUCCCACUGGGCACACACUGGUUGAAUAAACAUUGUUUCAAUGUAAUUUGUCAAUGUAUUGUGACGUGGAAUCAUAGUGGAAAAUACAUUGUAUUUGAAAAAAGUAAUCAACCAGUACUGAUUUAAUCUCAUUUCAACCAACGUUGUAAACAUUGAAAUUAGGGUUAAACUUAAAUACAUUGACUUAACUUGACUAACAGGUUGUUACAUCAAUCUAAUUUCAACAUAAUCAUCAGAACUAUAUAUACGUUGAAAUUGCAUUGAAAAUUCCACUUAGACAUUUUGUACAUACACACAUUGAUUAGACAUAUUUUAUUUGACCUUGUUUCAAUGUUGAUAGUAAAAUGGUAUGUUUGAAUCAACGUCAUUGUUUCAACGUCAUGCCAUCAACCUAAAUAAAGAGGUAUAUUGAAAUAAAAUGCGAAGCCACAGUCCAACAAUUCCGGCCUGAACGUUGACUCUUACUGGUAUAUAUUACUUUUUUUGUCAUUUAGCAGACGCUCUUAUCCAGAGCGACUUACAAUUAGUGAGUGCAUACAUUUUUCAUACUGGCCCCCCGUGGGAUAUAAUGGGUAAUAAUCUUCAGUGAGAACAAGUAUACCAUCCAGAGCUACCUCUAUGUACUCUGCUUAGCUUUGGAAACAAGCUGUAUUCAAGUCAGCUGAGCUAUCAUGUCAACACAUUUAGACAGUGAUUUCUCUCUCUCUCUCUCUCUCACUCUCACUCACUAACUCAUUCACUCACACUAACACAGAACCUGGCAGUAGCAAAGUCAUUUACUUGCCCGUCCCUGUGGUUUUCAGUAUAAUGUUAUAUUAACAGUAUAAUGUUAUAUUCCACCCUGCAGUAAUGGUCUUUCUUUUUAAACCUCUCACACAUAUACCACCAUACAUGUCAUCAUGAUCCUAUCAAAGUGCUAAAAUGCUGGCUACCUCUCUCAUUCCCCACCCUCUCUCUAUUUCGCUCUCUCUCUCUCCUCCCUGUUGCUUCACCCACCCCUCCUUCUGUCUGUCUUUGUAAGGCGACUCAAUGCUCAAACACAACGGGAUGAAAUUCACCACCAAGGACCAAGAUAACGACCACUCAGAGAACAACUGUGCCUCCUUCUACCACGGCGCCUGGUGGUACCGCAACUGCCACACGUCCAACCUGAACGGACAGUACCUGCGUGGGCAGCACACCUCCUACGCCGACGGCAUCGAGUGGUCCUCCUGGACGGGCUGGCAGUACUCCCUCAAAUUCACUGAGAUGAAGAUUAGAGCCACGACAGAGGAGAACAAAUGA